UACCCGGCGUGCAUUUCGCGCGUGACGUCAGAACUGAUUGAAUCACUGGCGGGACAAAAAACCCCCAGCAAACGCUUCCAGUCGCCCGACGCUUCAGCAGCGUUAUAUCAUUUAUAGAAGGCGAAUGCAUAUAAAUCUACACGAGUUACAUCGAUUUUGGAGUUCGUUUACAUUCUUUACAGGAGCAGUCUUAAACUCAAACUCACUGUUGUUUUGCAGUGUGAGAAAUGGUGGCCCAGGGACAGAAGCGUAAACUCCACAAGGAGGACGAGAGAGGAGGUUCAGCGUGGGAAAGUCAGCUGCAGUCCGUGUUGGACAUCUCCAUGGAUAAGUUCCACCGCGACCAGGCUCUCAUGGAGCCCUGCUUAUUACGGUCGGUUCUGAUCAACAACACACUGCGGCAGGUCCAGUCCGAGGUCCGGACGCAGGUCGAAUCGCUGUCCGCUGUAAAAAGUCCCACGAAAUUAAAACCAGAGCCCGAUUUUACACAAUUAUCUCCUCCAGCGGAGCAUAAUGCACCUUUAUUGUCACCGAAUGCUGAAAAUAUAGAGGAUACGUUCAUGGCCUGGACUUCAGAGGAGGAUUUCUCUUUAUCUUCAGCCAUUUCUGGCAUUCUCAAAGAUCUAGAUGCAGUCAUCGACGCCGGUCAAGGGCCUUGUGCAUCUCAACGGGCUCCGCUCAGCUCUGUAGAGAAUCUAACACCGUGUCCUCUGAGGACUGAAAGAACGUCUGACAUGGCAUCGUCCGUCAAAACGGAGCUGAUGUGUCCUCAGGAUGUAGCUCUAGAUAAACUUCUCCUAGACAUCGACACGGCUGUGUUUGAACCGGAGGUGAACCUUCUGCAAGGUUUCUCCGUCACGACCGAAGAUCUAGUGAAGUAUCUGCCAUCCCUGUCCAAAUCCCCAUCAGCAUCCUCUUCCUCAUCUUUAGUCUCUCACUGUCAGGCCACAUGGGAAAUCCAGGAGAUAGAGCAUGUUAUGGACAUCCUGAUGCGAACGUACCCGCAAAGCUGAUUUUGAUGAUGAUCUGUUCCUUACGUUGAGGUUAUGAACAGUUUUUAUGGAGGUAUACUGAAGAAAUUUCCACAAGGGAUUGAAUAAGGCUGUGCUACCUCAUGUUUAACAACCUGUCAUGUUAAAAGUAGUUGAUCUCAAGGUCAGAUGGUUAGCAGCAGUCUUUAGUCCUCUUGUUUAUGCACAUCUCGUUCUGUUUCAAGAAAUGAUCUUUCAUGCAGAUUCAUUCAAGGCAUCAUUGAACAGAGUUCAGCGACUGUUAUACACAAUUUUUUUUAAAGUGAAUCCUUCCAAAUGUGCCAUUUUGUUUAUUUUUUAUUACUUUAUGAAUAAUGUUAUUCUCUGAAAUAUGCACUUUCCAUUGAGUUUUAGUGUAAUAUGGAUUCUUGCAUAGUUUGCAGGUUACCAUUCGGAGUGUCCUUUAAAUAGACCAAGGUCAUAAAAAUGAUAUUAUAAUGUGUAUUUACAUGAGCAUUAUGAAUAAUACUGGUGCUGUUUCAGCAGAUGAACGUGUAGUUGCCUAUGCAAAAUAUUUACUAUGCCAAUGUGAAAUUAUAAUGUGAAUAUUAAUCACCCUUUGUAUUCUAUUGUUGUACUUAAAAUAAAGUGGUACUUGGUGACAUCAAG